ACUUUACUGAUAUAAUUUCUUUAAAGAUGGUGUCAUUGGGCAAGUGGAUGUUUAGUUACAAAUCUGAUUAGCUCAAAUGUAAUAGACUAUAAUUGGAUAAAAUCGGCCGGCACCAAGAACAUUAGAUCAUCAGAAACAGAUGGACUAAGUGUCAGAAGUACGAACCCUAUUUGGAAUUUUCCCUGUAUUUUAGCAUUUUUUUUACCGACCAUAUUCCCCUUGAUUGUCAAAUUGAGCUAUUCAUUGUUUUUGAAAGUUAUGUGAUUCAAACCAGACAGUCAAAACUACCAUUCCUCGUUUCAAAACCAACAGCUAGAUCUCCACUAAACUAAAGAAAGUUGUAGUCUUCCACAGCUUCACCAAUGACGAUCGUUAGAUAAACUUCUUCCCUGAAACUUUAACAUCAAUUGUCUUCAUUGCAAAAGGGCAAGAAACUGAUCGAACAGCCUCAGUCUAACCAUGGCCCUAGUAGUAUAUUGGUACGAUUUCAUCUGUUUUGGAAUUGUGGUGGCCGCCUUUAUUGGGUCCAUAUGGGUUCUAUGGAGAAAAGAAGCUGCAUGUAGAUGCGAGGAGGACAGCGUAUAUGAGAGUCUGUUAGCGGCUCGACCGGAUGUCGAUGGCUUCGUACGUGCCACACCAAGGGCUCAUGUUGGCUCAAACCAGCUAUGGACCAGUUGCUGGAAUGGAGUGCACCCCGGAUGGCUUAUGGUGACUCGCUUUGUUUCAUUUGCAGCCAUGGCCGGAUUCUUGACGUGGGACAUAGUCGAAUGGGAUGCUUCCAUCUUUGUUUACUACACCGAGUGGACAUUUGCGUUGGUUAUGGUCUAUUUUGCGCUGGGGACUGUCAUAUCUGCUUAUGGAUGUUGGGUGUGCUUAAGCACACCUCUUCCUGAAAAUGAUGCAAGGGAUGAGUUUCUGAAAAGGGAUGUUGAAGAGAGUACAACUGCAAACUCUGUAACUUAUCAGGAAAAAGAUGUCAAGGGUAAAAUCAAGUUGCAGAGUCACUAUGCUCAGGAGGAGUUUCAGCAAAGAGCAGGAUUUUGGGGAUAUCUUAUGCAAACUAUAUAUCAGACUUGUGGAGGUGCUGUCAUCUUGACGGACAUCGUAUUUUGGUGUGUUAUAGUCCCGUUUUUAUCAAACUCACACCUUGGACUGAACACGUUAAUGGGUUGCAUGCACACUCUGAAUGCUGUUUUUCUUAUACUGGAUACUCUUCUCAAUAGCCUUCCAUUUCCUUGGUUCCGUCUUGCAUAUUUUGUUCAGUGGAGCUGCUUGUAUGUUGUUUUCCAGUGGGUUCUUCAUGCCUGUGGUUUUACAUGGUGGCCAUAUCCUUUCCUGGAGCUUGAUACGCCAUGGGCUCCUUUAUGGUACUUUGCCCUGGCUGUGGUUCAUAUCCCCUGCUACGGAAUAUUUGCACUGAUUGUAAAAGCAAAAAACUCCAUCCUUCCAGGAUUGUUCCCUCAUGCUUUUGUGAGGUCAUACUAGUUUCUUUCUUUCAAGUUUCAAAUCCACUACUUUGGAAUGUGGUAAAUUUUAUUUUGAUUGUAUGGUUGUGUAGAUGAAGAUGGGGAUAUUGCUUCCUCUACAGAUUGUGGUUUAUAUACAACUUUGUUGCAUGUUCAACACUUUGAAAUGUACUUCAAGCAUUUGUACCGAAAUCAAUUUAUAUCCUCAUUUUUUUUUUGGGGGUUUAUCUGAUAUGUUUUCCAUGCAUUCCCUUUACUUUUACAUGGGUUUACUAUCUGUUUGCUUCCUGCGAAUGGUAGAAAAGUUGAAAAUUUAUAGAAUAACUAUGCAUAGGUAAGAAAGCGCAAACCAUUUUUCUUGUUUGGAUGUCAAUGGAUAGAAGGAAAACUUACACUGCCUACUAGCAACAAAGAAUCACGAAGGCUUACGUAAAAUUAUUUAGAUUAA